UUUGUCUUAUUGUGUGGCUCCUCGAUGGGAGACGUGUUCGUCGUCUUUACCCCCGCUCUUAUUCUCCCCCAGCCCCCAGGGAGUGCUACCAACAUUUAAAGAAAAAAACUUGAAUUUUAGUAUCCUCUCCCAGCCACGAAUAGUACCGUUGUUGCGGUCAGUAUCAGAUGGCGAUGCUUCGAAGAACGGCCUCAACUCUGAAUCGGAUUAUCAAUUCUAAAGUUGUUUCUAGCAAUUGGAAUUCAUUUGCUUCGCCAACUGUCGCUACUCACAAAAUUACAAAAUCACAGUUGGUUCCUGUGACAUGUCGAUUUUAUUCGAGUGAGAUUGAUUUUACUGAUGUGGAGAGUAGAAGGCGGAUGUUCAAUAGGUUGCUGUAUCGGAGCAAACAGCGCGGAUUUUUGGAGUUGGAUUUGGUCUUAGGAAAUUGGGUUGAAGAUAAUAUUCAGUCCAUGGAUGAAAAUGGAAUUAAAUCUCUCAUUCAAGUUCUUGACCUGGAAAACCCAGAUUUGUGGAAUUGGUUGAGUGGCCAAGAACAACCACCUGAGUCAAUUAGUGUGAAUCCCGUCUUUACUGCUGUUCGCGAGAAAGUUGCAAGCAAUCUAAACAACCAUGCUGCUCCGGAGACACGAGCAACACCCGGACAGCCAUGGGUUAGAGGAUGGGAUGACAUUAAAAGAGGCAAAGACAGUCCUGUCUCUGGAAAUCAGUAAUUCUAAGUGAUGUAUUUGUUUUGCUGCCUUGCAUAUUUCAAAACAUGGGAGAAUAAGGAUGUAUAUUUUACUGUGAGUUAUGUGAACAUGAUCAUAUAGAUAAGUAGUUAUUUUUGGUUUAAGCUGUAACAUAUGUCUGCAAUUGCUAUGAGGGUAUUUCUAAUAAUCUUCUUUUAUAUAAACUAAUUUUAUGCA